UCAGCUAAGGCUAGGUUUGUAACGACGCAAAGUGCGAAAACAAUGGCCGAUUUCUAAUACCGAUGUCACCGAACUAAACAUAAUUAUUCCUUAUUUCUGACAAUUGUUGUAUUUAAUAAGUUAUCUAAGAGGUGAUAAAAAUGUACCAGCAAUCGAUUUACGAAAUGGCAUAUAAUGGCAAAGUUGGAGAAGUUAAGCAUCUUCUGGCCGAAAAUGAGAAACUAAAAACAGCCAAGGAUGACAAUGGACGAAUGUUAAUUCAUUGGUCAGCACUUGGAGGUCAUGAUGAUUUGGUUCGGUUUUUAUUGUCAAUCGGAGCACCGGUAGAUCCUACCGACGAUAUGGACAUGACGCCGUUAAUUUUGGCAGCAUCAGCAGGUUGGGAUAAAGUUGUUAGUACCCUACUAACAGAGGGUGCAAAUGUUAAUGCUAAGACUCAAACUGGUCAUUCGGCAUUACAAUACGCAGCAUCGAAAAACUGGAUAUCUAUAUGCACCGAAUUGCUGGAAAAAGAUGCAGAUGUUAAUAUAGUGGACAACUAUGGUGCUACUCCAUUGCACAGAGCUGCAUCAAAGGGCAAUACCGCAGUUGUAGAACUUCUCAUUGAUAAUGGAAAAAAUUUAAACAUUGAUGUUAAAGACAUUUCUGGCAACACUCCGCUGCAUUUAGCUUGCGAGGAAAAUCGCGUCGACGAAGCUAAACUAUUGGUCCAAAACGGUGCCAACGUGUUAUCGGUAAACAAAGAGGAAAAGACUCCUUUGGAUCUUGCACAACCAGGGCUGAGACGGCAACUGAAAUAAAUAAAGGACAUUGCAUCGUAAAUAAUGAAGCGAAGUUCUAAUGUCAUUGGUUCAGUGGUGUUCAAUUUCUGCCUCUUUUUAAAAUCACAAGGCAAAAUGUUCUUGAACUGUUCGUAUCAUGGAAUAUAUUUUGAUGAAAUGAAAUAUGUAUAUUAAUAAUAUAUUAAAUUUUUAUUUCAUCAGUGCUUUUAUUAAAUUAGGUCAGAGGUAAAUACUUCUAAUGUAUAUGUUUAAAUUGGUAACGAGAUCGACAGUAUGGCAAAUUAUAUAAUAAGCACUUGAAAAUAUACAGAAAGCGAAUGUGAUCCAAAUGUUUAAAUCUUGGGAUAUAAAUUUUUUUUUUCUCGCAUUUUCUCAUUUCAAUAACAUUAUAGCAUUUAUACUUCCGUUAUACAUAGGUAUAAAUAAUGCUAAACUAAUAAAUAAUCGUAUUGCUUUAUUCGUAAAUCUGUUUUGUAUUGAACUUUUUUUUGAGACUGUAACUUAUUUAAUUUUGAAAUUUUUUUCCAACAAAUAAUACUAUAUUAGUAAUUCAUUAACCGCUAAAUAAAUAAUCAAUUGAAUAUCACUGACCGAGUAACAAUACUUCUUAUCGUUCAGUUUUCAGCAUUUAUUAUGCCUUCCUCUCAACAUGCCUCAGUGUCAUUAAUGUUUGAUUCGUAUCUAUAUAAAAUGUAUCAAAAAAGUUUAUUAUUUCGCUGGUCAAACCUUAUUUAACUUCCUACUGCUCCCUUCCAUUUCUUUUAUCACUUUUUUUCAUGCUAAUCCAUUCCAAACCAUGUGAAAACUCGGUAUUCUUAAAAAGACGGAUGAUAUCGCUUUGACUUCUGAAAUAAAUUGUUUUAAAUAAAACGCACCAGAAAUCGAGAGUCGACGCCCUCUGCGCUUAUUCGUAUGAACAUUACAGCGACUCACGAACAACGCAAGAUAAUUACAUUUUUAUUCUCGUUCAAAGAAAUUUUGGAUGAUUCAUAAAAAAUAUGUUUAUUGGAAUAUUAACUAUAUAAUUAGUCCUGGUAGAUUCCUCUACCUCGUUGACUAUUUUAAGUAAAUGUUAUUCUCUUUCAAAUAAAAAUAUCGUUACUUUUAAUACAUAAAAACUUUUAAUAAUCUUAAACUGUCUAAGUCUGCUGUAACUGAAUUUAAAUAAAUAAAAGUUAUAUUAAACUUAUCAACCCUUUUACUGCAGUGUGCGUGUAACUGACUGGCUCGUCCAGAUUUUAACGAACUUGUUAUGGGAUCCAAGGUUUAUUCCUGAUGGAAUACCUAAUGAAACACCUUGUGUAUAAUAAAAUAUGGUAGUAAAAUACGGUCGAAUAUAUUUGGAAUAUUCCACUCGCUUGGUAUACGUAAAUAAUCGUCCCAUUUUAAAAAUGUAUUUUGAACUAUAAGUAAUGUAAUUUUACUUUGUUCUUUUCAUAUAAUCGAGUGAUGUUUAUCACGGUUAUUUACAUACACCGAACGAAAGUAAUUUUUCAAACAUUGAUCCUAUAAAAUUCAUCGAAGUCCGAACGAGUCAGUUCUGGCUCUACUCAAAUUCAUUCAAGUUGGUAAUAAAAAUAAAGCUAUAGUUAUUACAAGUUAACAGAAAAAAAGAUCACGUAAAGCGUGUGGAUUUUUCAACUUUACGUGACACGAAUGUAAAUAUUCAAAUUUAUUUAGUACGCAGCAAAAGGAUUAAAUAAUAGAAAUUAGUUUAUCGCUAUCAAUAUACACUAUUUUAAGUAAUUAAAAGCAAAAAUUAACGGAAAAACUGAACGGAUCUAAACCAUGGAUAUAUUCAAGAUAUUCGUUGGUUCAGUAUAAUAUUUACGAGUUUUAAAUUCUUUUUACACUAAUACGCAACUAAUUGACAAUGAAAAUAAUAAUUAUACUAUUAUAUUAUAAAUAGUUAAUAAAGUAUAUUUUUUAUAAUCAACCAAAUUUUCAGAAGAAAUGAAAUAUCUUUAUGUAAGAGGUUGUCAAUGUUUUAGUGGUGAUUUAAUCGUAUGUAUGUUGUAAAGAAUUCUGAGACUCGGAUAUUCUUUUUACGUUUUCGAACCAAAAAGGGUACGAAUAAAAAUCUUUUAAAGUUUUCAAUUUCGAUCUACCAACGCAUCGUCGACGUUCACGUUAUUCAUCUCGACAGACAUAAUCGUUACAGUAUCCCUUCUCUAUUCAUGACGUAACUUACUUAUUAACUAAAUCUGUAAAAAAUGUAUAUAACGUUCAUUACAUUUAUUUCAAAGAUUUUUCAGAUUUAAUUAUAAUAGUUACGUGGAGAAAAUAAUGAUCCGCGAUGUAUCAAGUGGCAGUUCAGUUAUGAAUUUGAAAAGACCGACUAAAAAAAUCACUAGAAACUUAUUUAGCGUAAAAAAGACCAGGCCGGUUUUGCCCAUAUACAAUCGUUUAGUCGUAUCAAAAUAUAUUACAAUCCUGAAUAGAUAUAUUCAGAGUUGUAAUAUGCAUACAAAGUGUUUCAAAAUGAUGAGACAAAUUUGAAAUCCGAGACUUCGUUUUUUAGACGAAGCAUAUGAAGCUUUUACGCGCGAGAACAUCAUGUACAUUUGUUUCUCGUAUGUAAAAGUUUCAACUGCUUUUGAUUAAUUUUUCCAAGUGAAAUUUGCAUAUUUUGGCUUGACUCAUCAUCGAUACAGUGUAUAAUAAAGCGUGUUACAUACAGGGAACAGUAAUAAAGUAUAAAGAUUCUUAUUAUUUCCACAUGAUCAUUGGUUGCAAUAUUUCUAGAUAUUUACACAUCAAAACCAAUCGUUAGACUUUCUACAUGUAUAGUCGACUUUGUUGUUUAAUCGUUUAAAAAUGUAUAAUAAUGUAAAAACUAUGAACAAUAUUGUUCUCAGUACAAACAUUGUUUCCUGCGUGCAACACACUUUACAGAAUACAUGCUCUGUGUAUACAGGGUACGUUGUUAGAAAUCCUAAUACAACCGAGAUAGUUUCUUCGUGCAAAAACAAAUUAUAAAUUUGAAAUAAAAUUUGUUCAUACUAGGCUUCAAUUUUGAAAAUUCGACAUACGAUAUACGUAUACAUAUAUAUAUAUAUGAAUUGUUUACAAGCCAAGGGGAUUAACUCCACUAUUUAAAAACUUUUUAAGAUUCUUUUACUCUUCACAAGGCUGAACUCGAUGAACCUUUGAAAUUAGAUUUUUCGAAGACGAAGACAAGUAUGAAAGUAUUUUAAUUUAAAUUUAAUUUUAUUUUUACACGUCUCUUUUUCCGGUUGAAUCAUGAUUGCCGACGUACUUUGUACAUGUGUACACAUGUAUACGCGUAAUAUGUAUAAUAAUCGCCUAUUAAGCCUCUUUGUCCCCAAGUUCAAAGCCAGGAAUACUAAACAACGAUUAAAACGUCGAUGUAAUAAUUGGACUUUAUUUUGUACGUUUGAUUUAAUUCCAAAUGUUAUUAACAGACUUAUAAAAAGAAUAAUUUUUUUUAUUUCGAAGUUUAGCGUUUACUUUUGGUCAAAUCUGGGCAAAAAGAGGUUAAAGAUGCGUUUCCAUCGAAUGCAUAAGAAAUGCAUAUGUUGUAAAAAAUGCACGUAUAAAAACUGGUUGUUUCUUCUCCCCUUCUUACUCACUUUUAUUUUGCGAUGUCCAAAAAUUUCACUUCGAAUGCAUCGAAUGAUACAUUGGAAUAUCGCUUUUUUUUUUAUUAAAUGUAAGUAGCGGAAUUAAAGUACUUUCUUGAGAAAAAAUUUAAGAAACCUCAACGUGUUCGUUGAUUUAGAAAUGUUGAUCUUUGUCUUUACCAUAUUUGCGAGUUCAUGCAUGCAAACAACAUUGUCUCGAGAACUUUUACGAGCUUUUUCGGGACACUUGAAAUCAAGUCGUAUAAAAACGAAAGAGUUUUUGCUGUACGAUCCGAUUUUAAACACCAAUUGAAAUACUUCGAUCGCCGGUUUCCGGUUCGUUGCGACAAGUAAACCAAUUCGUUCGAAAAUAAAUGAAAGACCAAGAAAAACAAAACUGAUAAACUUAAACAACGCGUAAAGAGUAAAAAAGUACCCUUUUUUAAAGCAGUUCCUCCGUAUGCAAGGUACUUAACCAUAUAACUUCCGGACCUUUGAAUAUACUUUGUAUUAUGAAAUAGAUUGUCUUAAAAAGAGCUUCGAAUCUUUCGAUCGGAUAUUUCUAUUAUUUCAUAAUUGUUAGUGUUGUUUUAAAACUUGCUUCUUUUCGAACACUUCGAACGACAGAAGGUACGUCUAGACCUUUUCAGUUAUUGUUGUUAUUGUAGUUUCGAUAUCUCGUAACGAUACCUGAAUCGCCCAUCGGUUCCUUGAUUAUUAAAAAUAA